AUGAACACAGACUCUCAAUUGCAACAAGUGGCAAAUGGACUUGCACAGACGGAGCUCUCGUCGUCGCCAAAAUGCGAGCCAGAAGUGCAGUCCAGCGCGUCGCACAGCCGUUCCGGCAGCCGUUCAGUCAGCAAUUCGCCUGGCACGCCCACACCCAACUCCAGUGCAUUGCAACUGGACCAGCUGGCAAACACGAAUUUGCUUACGAUUCGCAUCAAGUGGAGCGACGUCGUGUCCAACGCCAACACAGACACGGAAGCCGGUGCCAUUCCCAACACUCCGGCGUUCGUUACGUCGACGCUCGCAGCAGUGGUACACGCCCACCGUGGCGUGGCUGUGAACCCGUCCCUGAUCGAGAACUACGAGUAUCUCAGCGACAAGGGCCGCCAGGAUGUGCUGGACGACAACCGCGACGUGUACAUCCACGAGUCCGGCGCCACCCACGUUGAACAGUGGCCUGCAGCACGUGGCGACGGCACUGAUCACGAGUCCACGUCCCCCUCCACGGCGGCGGCGUGGCCCUACGACUUCGUAUUCCAGAGCCAGUUUAAGCAUUGGGAAGACCUCGCUGCGGCACGUGACGCGGUGCUCGAAGAGCUACGACGUUUCGGCCAGGCUAAGACCACGGGUGGUGGCACCAGCACCCCCAUCACUAGCACCCCAGAAGCCAGCGAGACCAGCGACAGUGAUCACGAUAGUGACACCGAGGACGUCUCAACUCCUUCACCGCUUGCCAAAUGGUCUGUAAGCGAAAAUGCACAUGCUCUCACGCAUCCUGGAAACCUGUACAUUCGAGGCAUCCCCAAGGACCUGACCGUUGAUGAUUUGAUCCCCAUUUUCGUCAAAUUCGGGCCAGUACUGGCGUUGAAAAUCAUUUGCGAUCCAAACACGGGUGAAUCGCUUGGUUACGGAUUUCUGUCGUACCCAUUGGGAUCGCAAGCUUCACGCUGUAUUAAAGAACUUAACGGCAACCUCAUGAACGGCUCGCCGCUUUUUGUGAACUAUCACGUCGAACGCAAAGAACGCGAACGUGUACACUGGGACCACAUCAAGGAAGAUAACGAUGACGAAAGGUUCCGCGGUGUCUUUAUUGGAAACUUGCCAAUCCAAGACGCGGACAAAAACCUAAUAACACCCGAAGACGUGGUCUCUAAAUUUCAAACCGCCCUUGCAAACGAAACAGAAUCAGUGGAGGUCCUGUCGUACUAUUUGCCUAAACGCAACAGUGAGAGUGACGUGGUUUACGACGACGAAAACGACGAGAAAACCAAUGACGUUGAGACAUGCGCUGCACGCCACGAGGAUAGUCCGCUAAAGGGUUACGGUUUCAUCAAGUUUGGCUCACAUGCGCAAGCGCUGCGAGCCAUAGAAAAGUUUCAUGACUUUGAAUGGUUUGGUAACACACUGGUUGUGAACAAAGCUGUCCAAUCCAAGUCACACGCCCAUCAUCACUUCCAUCAUCACACUCAUAAUUCGUACAAUCAUCACCAAAAUAACUCACACUAUCAUCACAACAAGCCCCGUCGUCAUAGCGAGCGACCCGCUGUCGCCUCCAGACAACCCAGUCUCACUAAUGUAUCGUUUUAUGCUCCGUUUAGCGGGUCUCAACCGGGACUUGGUUUUUUGCCCAGCGCUAUGCCCGCGUAUGCUCAUGCUGGAGAGCUGGAUCCUCACGACACUUCAGUAGGCUUCUCACCUGUUCCUUCGCCAUCACCCAAUCACAACUACAUCACUUCGGGGCAAUUGCAUCCUUCAACGUUUGGUGUCCCACCCUCUUUGAGCACCACUCCAGAGGCUACCACUGCUCCUUCAUCUCGCAAUGGCUCAAUGUUUCAAAUACAUCCUCAAAGCGGUAUUUUACCUCAUACUCCUUUCAUGCUACCCAUCCCUACUAAGGAUCAACAAGAAUCCAAUUUGUACGUGAAGCACUUGCCCUUGAGCUGGAAAGACGAAGACUUUUAUCGAUUUUACGAGAAAUUUGGCGAAAUUAUAAGCGCCAAAAUCAUAACAGUUGGAGGAAGUAAGAAUGGGGAACUACCUGAUAAUUGGUCUUCUUCAAAGCCAAGUGAAUCACCAGUGGGCACUUCAAGAGGUUACGGAUUCGUAUGCUUCAAAAACCCUUUGGAUGCGUCAAGAGCCAUGAUGGUCACAGAUCGGUACCAAGUUGACGAAAAUCACACUUUAUACGUGUCGUUUGCUCAAAAGCGGUCCAGGUCGGUGAGUAACGGUGACGCAAUCCACAUGGCGUCGAAUGAACCCCGUUCUAGUGGUACACGCAGGAGUUUCCAGCAUCAACAGGGUCCCAGGCCAGACUAUUUUGGUAAAUAUAAUCCCAAAUUUUUGAAUGCAAUGAUGCACCAACAUGAUGGCCACAAACAACUUUCGAGACCUCGUGGUAGCUGGCCUGUGGCUUUGGGGGUUCAAAUGGUUCCACCGUAUCCGAUUCCCAUGCUUUCGCCAAUAGGGCCUUCAGUACCAGUUCAGUCCAGUGCAAUGAUCCCUGGUUCUAACGAUACGGUUGGCGGAAACGAUUCCAAGGCUGUUUAA